GCUAUGUUUAAAAAAAUGGGUAUGAAGCUUCAAAGCUUCACAAGGAGCAUUGACAUCUAUGGAGCAGGAAUAACCCUUAACUAUAAAGGACACUACAGAUUUCAGACAACCUUUGGGGGAAUCGUUGGGAUUCUGGUUGCUAUAACAUUGAUAGGCUUCUCAACUAGUCUGAUCCUAAACAUGUUUAGAAGGAGUGAAGUUAUGUUCAACGAUAGCAGUAUUAUGAGGGAUCCUUCAACUGAUACAACUGAGCAUUUCCCAGCUCAGAAAGGAUUUGCAAUUGCUUUUGGGCUGAGAGACUCAGACCACAGCUUUCUUGAUGAGCAUUACCUCAAAAUGUUCAAUCUAGAAGUUUUCCAAAGAACCACUGUUAAGCUAUCAAACGGAGACACUAAUAUAACAAAUGAAAAGCUUGAAGUAACAAGAUGUGAGGACUAUCUUCCAUACCAAAACAAGACAAUUCUGAAGACUUUUAAAAUUGACAAAUAUGUUUGUGUCAAACCGACUAACUACGUUAUUUCUGGAAACUGGUACACAGAUGUUCUUAAGAAUCUCAGAAUAACAGUCGAGAAAUGCACAACUUUGGUAAGAGAUGAUUGAGCUGAAGAGGAUACAAUUAAUUCAGAAUUGGGUGGCUAUUGGUUUGAUGUUGUCAUGAUAGACAGUUACUUUGAUAGGAAAAGUUUCUCUAACCCAAUCAAAUCUUACCUCACUCAGAAGUACUUUUAUACUUUGGAAGAUGGUUUUUUUUAGCAACACUGAUAUUUUCUUGAGAGAAAAUAUACUUAACAUGCAUGACGACUACACUCUUCUUGAAGGAUCAAAAGAUGGAAAAUUCUAUUCGGUAGCUGGGGAGAAAACUUCUCGAUACAAAUGGAGUUAUCGUCACCUUGGAAGAGUAAAUCUUUAUCUUGAUGCUGAGACGGUUACUUAUGAAAGACAAGUGUUCACAGUCGCUGACCUCCUUGGAAACAUUGGAGGUAUCUUUAGCCUAUUACAAUCAUUAGCAGGCAUAAUCGUUGGAAUGUAUGCAGACAGAGUCUUCAAGCAUUCGAUUAUUUCAAAACUAUACACAUUUGAUACGGAUGAGAUAGAUAAUAAGUCUGACUUAGAUGAGGCUGAUUUGCCCUGAGACUCCCAGAAGAAAAUUAAUUUGAAAGAUAAUAUAUACAAUGGAUCUUAUCGUCAAGAUUUUGAACUUGAGGAAGAUAAAAAGCAUGAUAGUGAAGAAGAUGAAGGUGGUGAACCCCAAAUUCCCGUGGUUCAUAAAGAUAAACGGUGAGAGAUUUAACGAGGAAGAAGCUCAUUCGCUUCUGAACACAAUGAAGGGUAAAAGGAGAUAUGGAUACACUCCUUUAGACUCGCUGUAUGGCUUAUUUUGCAUUUUCAAGAAAAAGACAUGGUGUCGUAGAAGAUACAAGAACUCUCAGAUUUAUCAAAAAGGACUCAAUAGAUAUUGCCAAGACUUGGAUGCAGCAAAUAUUGUACAAAACUUGCACAAUCUUAACCUCUUGAUGGGGAUUAUCUUUAAUGAUAGACAAAGAGUGCUCUCAAAGUUCAGCAGGGAAAGAUCAAUAAACAAUGAAGAUGGCUAUAUGCAAAACUCAAUGGACAUGAUAUUGCAGUACAAAUGAACUAAUUUUGAAGCAAAGAAAGAGCAAUACCAUGAGGCAGUUCAAGACUUCGUAAAUAACUUAAAAGCCAGCGAACUUUCAGAGUACGAUAAAAGACUUAUCAAUCAAAUUGAGCCUGGGUUGAUGCCCAUAGAUGAGUCUAGUCUUGUGAGCAAAGUUCAUACAUCCAAAAAGAGUAGUGAUAGUCCAGCUCCAGACAGAAAGAAUGUAGCAGAGGUUGAAACUUUGAAAAGGAGAAAUUCUCCAGACCGCGUCUGUGCCAGUCCAGAUGAUGUAAAACUUGAAUUGAAAGACAAUAAUCCACAAAGCAAGCCAAGACCUGAUUUGCUGGACGAUGAAGACAAAGUAUCUUCAGAACUUGAGGAUAUUGGUAUUAGGAAUAACACUCAAGGGGAAAUACUAUGCGCUAGAAAAAGAUUACAGUAAUUGUAACCUACCUCAGAUAAGUUUUAUACCCCAACUUCAUGUACCAAAGGGUCUAAACCAAAAGCCAGAGGUAACAAGAAAUAAAGCAAAGGCAACUAAUCAGUUUAAUCUUAAGGAC